AUGAAUCAUCGAAGAGCAACGGAUUCCGAAAUGAGCUCCUCGUUAUAUUCCCCACGACGACGAGCAGACUCUCAGUUCGAUGGAUCAAAUUACUGCCUAUCACGUGCACCGUCUACAAGUAACGUAGUGAUCGAAAAAGACAAGAAAAUAAGUGAUCUCGAGAGACAAUUGAGGGAGUCACACACCGAACAUCAGUUGAUGAAGAGAGAACUGGAAGUCUACAAGGGCAGUCUUGCUUCAUUAGAAUCGGAAAAAGAGUCACUCAUUCGACAAAACCACAGCGCUAACGCUACAGCUGAGGAAUUGCGUAAUCAAUUAGCUGCAGCCGAAUCGGCUGCUGACGGACUUGCUGAGAGGCUCAAACGGGCACAGGCCGACGCAGAAAGUUGGAAGCGGAAACAUGAAGAGGCGGUGCAAGAGGCUAAGAACGACAUCAUCCAUGAGAGGAAACGCGCAGCAGAAAAGGUUGCCGCAUGUCAACACGAGUUCGCUUUGCGAAACGCAAGGCGUGGAACGGAUGACGCGGAACGUGAACGUCUACGCGAAGAAUUGGCGCGUGUACAAGUGGAGUUGGACCGAGCCGUGACUACGAUCCGCCAACUUGAAGGAAGUAUUCAGACCCAGGAGGUCUUGGGUGGAACAAUGGAAUCGCAGUACCGUAAUGCGUUGAUGGAAUUGGAAACCGCAAGGGACGAGAACUGUGCUUUGAAGGCGAAAAUACGUCGACAGUACAAGCAGAUAGAGUUACUGACACAACAGGACGAAACCAGCAGCGCUUUGAAUACGUUUGAGAACAAACUGGAAAGAAUGGACCAGAAAGAGCACUGA